CAGGAGAAGCAGGUUUACAGGUAAUCACACACACGUUAUGGAGGAAGUAAACAGCGGCGCAGCUGCCAGGCAGUAGACGUUUAAAGAGGGGCUGUCUAGUCAAAACAACCAACUGCCCGGACACGGUGGAAGAAUUCCCCACAGGAAAAAGCAAACAUCAGGUGCUGCAUUUUUCCACUAAUACUGUGUGAUUUUCACAGUUUGUCCCGUCGCCCAGCCACCACGUGGACCUGCACACCCCCUCCUCACCCCCUCCCACUCCCUCUCCCUUCACUGUAUAAAUAAGCUCAUCUGAGCUUCACGCGGACUCAGACACUGACCUGUGGAGACAAAAAAAAACAACAACCAGUCACCGAUUAGUCUGUCUGAAGCCAGAAUGUGGCUCCAUCUGUCUCUCCUGCAUCUGUCCUGCUUGAUCCUGUGCGGCCAAAGCCAGGCCUCGGAUGCCGCCGGACGCUGCCGCUACACCUUCACCGUGGCCGGCCCGGUGGAGUCCAGCUGCACCGGAGGCAGCGAUAAAGCGGCGGUGGACGGCAUGUUGUCCCGGCUCACGCUGCUGGAGUCUCUGGUCAGCCGGCUCAUGGCGGGCGCGGACGGAGGGAUGGCGUCUGCCCACGAAGGGGGUCUCCAGGAGGCGUAUUCCCAGGUCACGAGGGAGAGGAACCAGCUGCAGCAGGAGAAGGAGCGGCUCAACGGGCAGAUCCAGGAUCUGCAGAGGAGGCUGGGCGAGCUGAGCCGCGAGGCAGAGCAGAUCGGACAGGCGCCCUGCCUGCAGACGCACACCUCAGCGGGAGGAGAGCAUGAAGCCAGGCCGGCCAGCGACCCUCCAUACAGUCCUGGGAGUGAGGCGUACCAGGAGAUGAAGGCUGAGCUGACGGAGGUUUCAGCAUCUCAUCUCCUCCCGGAAGCAAACCACAGCUUCACUGGCUGUGGAGAGCUGCUGUCAGUGGGGGAGCCUGUGUCCCACAGGAAGGCUGACAGCAUCACAGGGAAGUACGGGGCGUGGAUGCGGGACCCCGAGCCUCAGGGCGCUCACUACACCAACAGGACCGUGUGGCGGAUCGACGCCGUGGGCAAAGACGUCCGUCAGCUCUUCGCAUACGAGGACAUGGACCAGUUCUCGCGAGGCUUCCCCACGAAGGUCCUGGUGCUGCCCGAGCCGGUGGAGAGCACGGGGGCCGCCGUGUACCGGGGUUCCCUCUAUUACCAGCGCAAGAGCAGCCGCACGCUGAUCCGCUACGACCUGGCGACCGAGCGCGUGGCGGCGCGCGCGGACCUGCCGCACGCGGGCUUCCACGGCCAGUACCCGUACUCGUGGGGCGGCUACACCGACAUCGACCUGGCGGCGGACGAGCGCGGCCUGUGGGCGAUCCACAGCACGAGCCGGGCCAAGGGCGCCAUCGUGGUCUCCCAGCUGGACCCCGAGAGCCUGGAGGUGAGGAGGAGCUGGGAGACCAACAUCAGGAAGAGGACGGUGGCCAACGCCUUCAUGGUGUGCGGCCGCCUGUACACGCUGGCCAGCUACGCGGCGCCCAACACCACCAUCAACCACGUGUACGACACGGCCACCGGCACGAGGCGGCCCGCGUCCGUGCCCUUCAAGAACCGGUACCGCUACAACAGCAUGCUGGACUACAACCACGCCCAGAGGAAGCUCUACGCGUGGGACAACUUCCACAUGGUCACCUAUGACGUCACCGUCAGGUCCAGCCGCUGAGGAGUCCGUCACACAGAAGAUUCAUUGUAAAUAAGAUGUACAUAACAUACAAACACACUCAUAACGUGAAUCAUUUCUUAAUGCGAACUGUAAAAACUGUUUUAAAUUGUAAAAUGCUUCAUCUGCUACUACGAUUCUUGCCAUGUAAAUAUUUAUUAAAAACUGAAAUCCAA